UCUCUCUCCAACCUCUCCUUUGCUUAACGAAAUUGGUUUGAUGCCCUCCUUUCCUUUACUACUUGUCUACCUUGGUAAAUAGUUUCACUUGUCACGAUGUCCAAUGUCGAUUUAUCCAGUGACGGCUUCAUUGGCCUAGACUAUGACUCAAGGAACUAUCUCCAGUCGCAGUCAUGGCCUCUGGCAGUGGAUCCCCAGUCCUCCCAACGGCCAGAUGGAUCGCGAGACAUCUCGCCCUUACAAACCAGCGGUCACACUUUUGAGCAGUCGGUAAUCCAAGACCCUAACCUGAUCGUGGACUGGCAAUUCCACGGGCAGCAUUUGCAACCCCACCUUCAGUACACUCAAGAGGAGGCAUCCUCCGCCCCUCAGUACACUACUGCCAGCUAUGGCAUGCCCCUCCACUCUUCGCCCGUGGAUCUGAUGCCCCCAGCCCAUGACCACAUGAGCACGAGCCUGUUGGAUGGGCCCUACUUGCCCUUGUCCGCACCAGUGGAGAUGAUGCCUUUUCCUUAUCAGGACUUCCAAACCGACCUCAUGAGUUUCACGGCCCCUCACGGUCUCCCGGAUCUGACCUCCUAUGCUGCGCCGCACAACCUGAUUGAGAGCAGCUCACCGACUGACACUUAUCUGGAAGUCCGUUCUCUCACCAGCUCAAGUAGCGACAAUGGUUGGAAUACCAUUGAGACUCGGCGUCCGCAUGAGUUCACCUAUCCGGAUCAAUUCUUCAUCAAUCCCACGCAGACAUUACACGAUAGGAGCCUGUCGGAAUCCUCAUACUCGACGUCUUAUGGCAGUUUCGUGGAGAUCACCAACCCCAUCAAUUCACCCGGAUCUGACACCAACUUCGAUGCGGCUUUCAACAACAGCCUGACCCGGCGCGUAUCCUACGAUCACACUUCGCACGGCUCAGUAUCCCCCACGGCAGUCAGCCCUGUGAACAUCGUACGACCCGUUCCAGUGACUGCCAAGAAGCCAACCUCCCCGCGGUCUGCCGCGUCGCAGUCUUCUGCUUCGCCUCCGAGUAGAAAGCCUUCUCGCAAGAGCCCAAUCGCUGCAAAGACAGCGGAGACCAAGGUUCGGAAGCAAACGCAGAAUGGCAAGCCAGAAACCACCGAGAAGCGCAUUGGCAAGCGCAAGGGUCCACUCAAGCCUGAUCAGCGGAAACAGGCCAGCGAGAUACGGAAGUUGAGAGCUUGCCUACGUUGCAAGUUCCUCAAGAAAACUUGCGACAAGGGUGAGCCUUGUGCUGGCUGCCAACCAUCACAUGCUCGCUUGUGGCAAGUUCCGUGCACUCGCAUUGACAUUAAGGAGAUUGGCUAUUUCAUGAAGGACUGGAAAGCGGACUAUGAACGCCACAUCUCUCUUGGGUUCUCAGUUGGAAACAUCAAGGGUUUCUCGGAACAUGAGACGACGCUCUUUAUCACUCACGGAUAUGGCCAAAUUCUUCCAAUCAACGCACGCGAAGUGUAUGUGCGUGACGAACAAUGCUUCAGCGUUGACUGGGUUGAGGCCAUGCACCGGGAGCCUACCCAGUUCGAGGUUGAGACUGCCAAAUUGUCCGCUGGCAUGGAGGGUAUCUCCCAUGCGAUGCUCUCCGAAUAUCUGGAUCGCCACAUUGACGGCAACGGUACCUUUGAGAAGUUUGUUGACGACUACUUCGAGGGCACACCUUUCCUGACACAGAUGCUGAAGACUGCUUUCCGCUACUACUACCGCACAAAGCUCCCAGUCAUUCGCAAGGCCUUGAAGCUUAUCAUUGCUUACAACCUGACGCUUCAUGUGACCAUGGUGGAAGGCCUGGGUGAGGAGCAGUGCAUGCCUGGAAAGAUUGACUCCACAACAUCGAAGUUUAAGGGCAAGACCAUGGCGCCGGUCAUGAUUAACUUUCAGAUUAAGUGUGCCAUGGCGAACAUGUGGCGAGAAUUGCAGAAGGAUGUGUUAGAAGAGUUGUCGAGCCUCUACUCCAGCGUCUACAGCGGUGACAAGUUGAAGAACUGGCCCACCAUCUUCAUCCUGGCCUCAAUCCUUCUGGCGGUCUGGGAGGAAAUGCAGUUUGAUUGUCACUACCGCACUCCGGAACCUGCCGCUGUGGAGAAGUUCUGCAAUGAUAUGGAGACUACUCCUGUUGGCGUCAUUGUUGGCCUGUUCCAGGCUAUUUCGCAGAAGCUUCCCGCUUUCACGGACUGGGAAACCACAAAACAUCACCACCUGCUGCACUCGAAUCCUGAUGUCUGUACCACGAUGACUGAAGUCCGCCAACACGUGACUCAAUAUGAGAGCUAUCUGCGUGGCCGAUCUAAUACCAAAUUCAACCGCAACGACUUCGACUGUUUGUCCAACAAAUUUGUUUCAAGACUCGUAAUCCGCGCGAAUUAGGUGACGUGUUACGGCCUUGAAAAUAACGGAAGACACGAUACGACGAUGAUAAAUGCCGGCAUUGAUGAUUAUGAGACUCUCAGCACAGCAAUUA